GGUCUGUCGUUAUCGUUUCCCCGGCCAGCGAACAUGAUUAUGAUCUGGCAUCCCAGUAUCAGAAUGAGUCUACUUAAGCAUUUACUCACCGACAACUCAACCCUCUUCCCUCGAUUGUUAAUGGGUGCUUUGCUCUGCUAGUGAGCGGCAUGAGCUCUGUUUCCCCUGCACCCUGCAGCUCGUCUUGCGCUCCAGCGCCGUCUAGCUCAGCUUGGGCUCCGGCACCUUCCAGCUCGUCAUGGGCACCGGCACCCUCUAGUAGCUCGUCUUGGGGUCCAGCGGCGGCCAUCGACAGCCCCUCUUGGGCUUCAUCGUCCUCUUGCACAGACAAUGCUGCAGCCCCUGCCUCUGCCACUUCGCCCACCUCAGACACAGUCUCUUCCGGUUCCUCAUAUACGCAGACUCAGACAGAUACCUGGACAGAGAACCAUGGAACUACAGGGCCUAAUGCAUCUACAAGUUCAAGUUCCUCUGCCACCCUAUCCACCUUUAUAACCUCUGGAGUAACCCCUUCAGGUACCGGCUCUCAGACCACCGCAGCACAGGGUCCUACAACUUCACCUUCUUCUCCUAGUAGCAGCCCCGACUGGUCCUCCCCUACCUCCACCGACUCGGCUUACACUCCAUCUUCCACGGCGGACGGCUACACGCCCUCUUCCUCUGAUCCCUCACCUUCUCCGACUGCGGAUCCUAGUGUUUCCGUCUUUUCCACGUUCACGACCGUUACCACAGCUCCGCCCUCGGAUUCGUGGUCUGACUCGGUCACCAACACCGAUCCUUCCCCCACCUCGGCGACCGGGAGCACUGAUGAUGGUUCUGCUUCAAGCACAAGCCCUGCACCUGUCAAUGGUACUGUACAGCCCCAGCCCCAGUCAACCUACCCAACUGCAGUUUCCUAUACCACCACGAACGCACAGGGUCAGACAACGAUCACUGUACCAUCCGUCAUCGCAGUCACUGGCACGACCACCGAAAACGGUAUCCCUAUCACCUACACAUCCGAGGUUGCUAACCCCGGCUUUCAGCAACUUUCCACGAGCAACUCCUUCUUCAAUAACCGUGGGGCUGUUGCUGGAGUCUUUGUCGUCGUGGGCUUGCUUUUCGCGAGCAUCUUGGUCUGCAUCUGGCUCAGCGUUGGCCGUCGCCGCCGGCAGCUUCAGCAGCAAACGCGCCGGAACAUCUCUUGGCCCGAGCCCGAUCGCAAGGAUGGCCCCUUCGAGUCACCAAUGAGUCCACUGGAUUUCGAAGGUGGCCAUCCGUCCAUGCGCCAGUCUCUCUUUGAUGGUGUGGGCAUGGCCAGUGCUCCGCAGCGUGCCAUGGCUACGACAUACGACAACGCUGGGCCGUUCAGCGACUACCACACGGUUCAGCGAACGUCACCUCCUGAAGAUGGUCUUGCUUACGACGAAGAUCGCUCCGCCUCGCCUUACCCCUCCGUGGACACGAGCCCGUCUAUGUAUCUCGCCGAUCUGCCCCAGUUCGAUGGCCCCGUCGAGACCGCAGAGAGCGAAGAGAACAUCCCGCCUUCACAGCGUAGGUCCUCUUCGCCCGUCGAGGCUCCUGUCCUGCGCGAGAACCCGCCACCGCGCCCACCGCGCCUCAUGCGUCCGCCCUCACGCGACACGGCUAUGCGCGCCAGCUUCGCCGACUCCGACGCCACGGAACCCGCGUCGCCAUCGAGCCCGCGCGCUCCCCCCAACGUCGUCUUCCGCCCACCGAUGGCCCCCGCGCAGCUCCGCAACACCUACGUGGACGAACCCAAACGAACACUGUCCCGCCUCUCUGAGGAGUACCGCCCGCUGACCCCGCCGACAUCGAUUUCCGAGCGCUCGUUCGCGGACCCCGACCCGUUCUCAGACGCCGCAGCUGCCGUGCACGUUCCGCCGAGUGCGGCUGCCGUCCCUGCGAAACGGAUGCUAAUCGACAUCCGGCCCGUGAACGCGGUUUGA